AUGCAGGCCGCAGGCCAGGGCACAGGGGGCGCGGCGGGCGAUGCUGAUGGCCCAGGGGGCUAUGCUGGCGGCCCAGGAGAGGCGGGUGCUGCGAGCGGCGGAGGUACUCAGGGCAUCGCGGCAGCAAGGGCCUCAGGGCCAGGAAGGGUCUCAGGGCCAGGAGGAGGCGUCCCUCGUAGGCCACGUGGUGGCCCGGCUUCACGGCUGAAUGGAUGCUGCAGAUGCAGGACCAGGAGGCCGGACAGCCGCCUGCUUGAGUUCUACCUCACCAUGCCUUUCCCGACACCCAUGGAAGCAGAGCUGGCCCACAGGAGCCUGGCCCGGGAUGCCCCACCGCUCCCCAUGCCAGGGGUGCUUCUGAAGGAGUUCACCGUGUCUGGCAACAUACUGACUAUCCGACUGAUUGCUGCGGACCACCGCCAACUCCAGCUCUCCAUCAGCUCCUGUCUCCAGCAGCUUUCCCUGUUGAUGUGGAUUACGCAGUGCUUUCUGCCUGUGUUUUUGGCUCUGCUUCACUCAGGACAGAGGCGCUAAGCCCAGCCUGGUGCCCCUUCCCAGGCGUGCCUCCUCCCCUAGGGGAUGGUCCCUGCACCAGUGGCCACUUCAUUGUGGGGGCCUGAUUGUUUGUCGCUGGAGGAGGCCGGCUUACAUGUUUGUUUCUGUAGAAAAUAAAACUGAGCU